UUGACUAUGAGUGAAACUAGCAACCCUAUGGCCUCUCAGUUAUUUUUCGAAGAGCGUAAACUAUUGUGCACCUCUUUACUCGGGUCUGUCUUAGUGAACUAUGGAAACUCCAUCAGUAUUCAAGCUCGUCACUUGCUAGAGUCGCUGUUGGGUGCUGACACCUGGAAUUUCCACUGUGAGCAGUUUUGCUCUCUUUUGGAACAUUGGGACACUCUAGGAAACAAGGAAAGAAAUGCACUCGUUUUGAUAGCCUCGCGAGUCGUUCUCUUCGAUUAUGUGACCGAUGCCGUAGCAGAGAAACUCUUGUUGAAACUAGUUCGUGCUGUCGUUCGCUUUCGGGAUCUUGUAGAGUGUAAGGAUCCGGUGGAUGAGAGUAUGAUGAACGCGUGGUUGCUUUUCAAGGAAUAUGUUGCAAAAAAGUUUGGGAAAGCUGAGAUGUCGAAUACUUGUUCACAAAUUAUUUUUUAUAUUUCCUUGAAGGCAGUUUAUACAGCAAGUACAGUUGAAACACCAACCCAUUACUGGAAAUGUAUUGUAUCUUGUGCUGAAAGUAUUAUUUCCACGUUCCUUACGGUGGGAACUCUGGAGUUGGGGUUCUGUUGCUAUCAAACGUUGGAAAUGCUAAAAGAUACCAUUUCUGACCGUUUCUCUUGCAAGAGACAUAUUGAACAUUUUUGGAACAGACUUCGCGACUGUCUUGUGUCACUAUCCUCAUUUUCGGUCAUUGCUAGUAGCAUUCCUUUCGAAAUUGAAAUGAAGUUACGACAGUUAUCGAUAGGACCUCCGAAGCCUUCCACAGAAUUUGAAACUUUCUUUGAUACAGUUACCAAAGAAGGAGUCGUAAUACUGGAUUUGAUUCGUUAUAUCAUUCAUCAAAUUUCUUUUGAGGAGAAGGCUAACCAAAAUAUGAAAGUUUUAAUUGGACUGGUUCAACAUUCGAUGACAAGUAUGGGAAUUCGUCCUACUUCCAAGGCAAUAGUUGAGCCAUUAAUGGUUGUUACGCAAGCUUAUAUAGAAGAUAGCUCAGCAACAGCAUUGCGAGCUUCAUUGUAUAAGUUUCUACAUGUUUUGUUUCGUGAGCACAACGAUACAUUGCACGCAAUCUUAAUGGACUUGACAAAUAUAUGUGAAGAGAAUGCUGCCUAUUCUUACCGUAUACAUGAGUGCCUUCACUUUGAUAUGUACAACGAUAUCCGUGUAAAGAAGGUGUUCACAGAUCUUUGUAAGGAUGCCAAAAUCUGCUCGUUGUGCAAAAAACUUGGAAUUGUUGAGUUGCAGUCUCCGUCGACUAUUGACUUGACCGAUUCAGAUGAAGAACUGAAGACAGAGAGGAAGAAUGUUACGUCAACUACUCCUUUAACGAAGAAUGCAGGACAGUCGAAACAAUUGAAGAGAAAGCAGUCAGUUAAAAUGAAUGAGAAGGUCACUCCUUCCAAGAAAAUGAAAAGUAAGAUGAAUUUUUGUGGUCAUGUCUGUUUUAUUUCUAAAAUUGUUUCAGUCUUAGAGAAUGGACAGACUUUGUCAUUGAAUAAUUCAUCAACACGUGCACGUGGUCAAGGAAAGUUUGUAGAUAAAGAAAGAAGAGUGCCUUUAGAGACUAAUGUGCUACAGCAGAAUGUGAUAUCUGAACAAAGCAGUUAUGUUGAAAAUGGAAGCCUGGAACAAAGGAAGGAAAUUGUGAGUGAUGAAGUUAAGAAUAAAAUUGAUUCGACUGGGACAGCUGCAAUACUGCAAAAGACAGCAUCCACAGAGAACAAUUUUGCAGCCCUAGCAGCGAACGUAGAACGAGAGGAGGAAAAGCAAAAUAAUUCGACAGUUGAGGAUGUCACAGCUGUGAACGUGCCUUUGUCGGAUAAGGUGGAUAGCGAAUCUACCAUAUCAUCAUGUUCUUAUUCUACGGCGGUAGAGCUUGACGGCUCAGCUGCUUUAGCUACAAAUGAGGAACCGAAAAGUCAUUCAAUGGACCAAGAAGAAAUUAUCUCUACGUCGCAACAGAAAACGGAAACAACAAGAGACAAAGAGUUGAAAAAUUUUGCCGAUGUUUGUAAAAAAUUUUUGAGCGUCUCUGAUUCUGAAAGUGUUGUGUUUCUCCCAGAAAUCGUAAAAGAAUAUUCUAGAAAGGAGUAUUUUUUUCCACUUAUUCAACAGGAACUUGCGGAAAUCGUACUGGAUCAUUUAGAGGAUGAGGAAAAAGUGCGCAGGAUAAAGAAACUUUAUGAGUCCAUUUACGUGGAGUUGAUUCGAGAAAGAGCUCAUCGAAUGUCCUCAUUACUGUCUUUGACUGCUGAAUUUCUGUACAUUAUUCGAGAAAAAUACAAACAUUCGUUUCAGGAUUUUUUCCAUAUGUCUAGGACUUCGGUUCUAGCGAACUUGAUUUCUCAAGGACCUUCAGGCUUUGUGAAGUUGCAACAUUUAUAUCAGCUGCUAUGCCUGGAAGAAAGUGAGAUGCAGUCGGUAGAUGCAAAGGCAUUUGCACUCGUUCAGUUCAACCAAGAUAUGAGAAUCCUUUCCUUCUCCUUCUACAGAGACGAUGCACUUGGCUUUCUGUUGGAUGUUGCAUCUAUUUUCCCAGAGUUUAUUCGUAAUAAUUUAGAAUUCUUUGAACUGCUCACAUUAGUAAUGAAAAAAGACAAUAUGAAAACAGCUCUCGAAUUAUUUCAAAAUGGUACUAUUCAAAUGUUUUCUUUCCAUUCUGGUGAGGUGAAAUAUUUUUAUGAAUUUCUGAAACGUUCUUUUGAAUGGGGAAGUUGUGAACGACAAACGUAUUUAUGGAAAUUGUUGUUGAAAGAUAUCUCGAUUCGCCUUCCAGAAGAGCAAAAGAAUCUCGCUUUCAAUCUAAUUCUAAAAAUAAGGACAGAGCUUUCUCUUCUAUCAUUAGACCAGAGUAGAGCUCUUUUGGAAGUUUUUUCUGACUGGAUAAUAUUGCAGAAACCCGAUCAACGAUUGUUAUUUAGUCUAUUUGAAUUGGGAGAACCAUUUUCAGAUAUGGUUUCCGAUAUUGUAUGCGCAUGGCUUGUCAAGUCCACGAGUCAUAAUGAACUUGUUCAUUUAUUCUUAAACUCCUUUAUAAGGCUGACGAAUCACAAUAAGAAUAAUUAUGUAUUUGUCAGUCGAGUAAGUGGAGUUUUACGUGCUUGUUGUAGGAGACUUCCAUUCUUUCAAUUUUUAAAUACGAAGGAGGGAAAGCCUCUUCUGGAAUGUUGUCAACAAAUGUUUCAAGGUGAAGAAAUCGUUGAUUAAAGAAUUGGCCAAUUCUCUUUUGUACAGUGAUGAAGAAAUUGUUUGUCUGAUUG